UCUCUCAAUCUUCCCGGCUCCUCUUCGGCUCUCGUAUCGUCCGCCAGGGUUUGGAUCAGCAGAGUCUCGGCUUCGGCUGCUGCGGUGAUCCUCCUUGGCCUUUCGAUCGAAGCUCGAAAUGUUUUAAUGGAGUCUAAAGGUGGGAAGAAAAAGUGUAGCAGUAGUAGCUCAUUGCAGCACGAAGCACCCCUUGGCUACACCGUCGAAGACAUCCGACCCAACGGUGGAAUCAAGAAGUUCCAGUCUGCUGCAUACUCCAACUGUGUGAGGAAGCCAUCCUGAGACCCCCUUCAGAUGCCUUCUUCGGUAGAGUAGGAUUUCUGUUGCUUUGCUCUUAAACAAUCUCAAGCUAGCUGCUUUCUAACAUCCAAACCUCCUCCCAGACCACUUUUGGUCUCCUGUUCUCUUCUUGUCGUUGCCACUCUCACUUGCUCUUGCUUGAUUCGAUGGCAAUCUCACUGCUAGACACUCCAAACCCUCCCUUGGCCUCACCAAUUGGUUUCGAGGGAUACGAGAAGCGCCUGGAGAUCACAUUCUCCGAGGCACCCAUUUUUGUGGACGCCCAUGGUUGGGGGCUGCGUGCUCUUUCACGGGCACAGAUCGAUUCCAUUCUGGAUCUGGCACGAUGCACCAUCGUGUCUCAUCUCUCGAACAAGAACUUCGAUUCAUAUGUCCUCUCCGAAUCCAGCCUCUUUGUUUAUCCCUACAAAAUAAUCCUCAAGACUUGCGGGACCACGAAGCUCCUCCUAUCCAUUCCUAGAAUUCUUGAACUUGCUGCAGAGCUUUCGCUCUCUGUUUUCUCUGUUAAAUACUCUCGUGGGACCUUUAUCUUUCCUGGUGCACAGCCGUCCCCCCACCGUAGCUUCUCCGAUGAAGUUGCUGUGCUCAAUCAGUUCUUUGGCAGCCUCGAAUCAGGUAGUGAUGCAUAUGUGAUUGGUGAUUCAGCGAACGCAGAUCGAAAAUGGCAUAUAUACUAUGCUGCCAAUAAGCCUGAGCUGCCAAUGGUCACCCUCGAGAUGUGCAUGACUAAGUUGAACACUGAACGGGCGUUAAUCUUCUUUAAGAAUUCGGUGGAAGGACAUGAGUGUCCUGCCAAGGCCAUGACGAAGCUCUCUGGUAUCUCCAAUAUUAUUCCUGAGAUGGAGAUAUGUGACUUCGACUUCGAGCCCUGUGGCUACUCCAUGAAUGGGAUUCAUGGCCCGUCGCUCUCCACCAUCCAUGUGACACCCGAGGAGGGUUUCAGCUACGCUAGUUAUGAGGCAAUGGGGUUUAAUCCUCUGACCUCGGUGCAGCAGGACUUAAUCGAGAGGGUCCUCAGGUGCUUUGACCCUUCAGAAUUCUCUCUUGCAGUCACCAUCUUCGGUGGCCGUGGACUAGCAGGCACUUGGACAGACAAGAUACUUCUUGAUGGUUACACCUGCAAAGAUAGAGUGGAACAAGAUCUCCCAGGCGGUGGCCUGUUGAUAUACCAAGCAUUUGCUGCUUCUGCGGUAACUGCAGUGUCGCCCGGACCCACUCUACAUUACUAGGAAGGAGAAGAUGGGGAUAAAACUCUGAAAGAUGAUGCCAGAGGAUCCUGCUUGGAAGGUGAAGGGAUGGAGAGAUGAGAAGAGUUCAUGAGGAAGAUGAUGUUGUGCAGAAAGUUGGCCAAGUUUUUAGUUCUAGUAGUGUUUUAUGAUCCCUUGUGCCACACUUGACCAGGGGUCCUUGUGUAACUAGGAAUUCACACGAAUGUGCAGUGGCGUUCGGGACAGAGGAUGCUGGUGUCAAGCGAUAGCUCUAGGUGGCCUCCUGAGUGUGCCACGAUGACCACCAGCAGCAUUUUUUAUAGACCGAAUUCAUGCAUGAUCAGGUGCUGUUUGGACAUAAAAUUUGCAGCCUGCAUAAGUACUACCGAGUGAUCCAACCAAUAUUCUAAUAUUCUACUUGGGUGUCAAAUGGUGUCCUCGAGUUUAUGAUAAGGUCUAUAUGAAGAUUGGCACCCUAAAUAAAUGUCAUGCUUUGAAAAUGUAGAAGAGAUAGCGGCCGUGCUUGCCCAAGAUUGAUGUUUGUUAUGCUUAUUUGAUGCUUAAUUACGCUGGAAAAUGAGAUGUCACAACUGUCUGUUGAUAUUUGGCUGAUAUGGUUUCAACUGAGCCUCCAGAUAGAAUAUGGGCUUAUGGCACUACUACUACUACUACAUAUCAUGCAUGGCAUUUGCUUUGUUUGGGUUUGGUGGAUUUGCAUUGCCUAUCACCUUUGGUAUCCCAUCAUGUGGUAGAAGGGGAAACCCAUCUGAACUGCCGUAGAACUUAUUUUCUCGAGUCUGUUCAAGAAAUCGCUGCUUUUAAACACAAACAGAGGCAUGAUUUAAUAGAAAAGGAUUUUGCCUCUGGAGACUACCUAUGCAGUGGUGACUUGGGAACUCUUUAUCCCUGAAGCAGAGAAUGGUGCAGACUCUCCUCCAACUUUUAGCAGUAAACAAUAGGGCAGUCGCACCGACAUCAGGCUAUAUAGCUAGCAGCUGCCUUAAGGGCAACCUGAUCUCAGUCCUGACACAGUGGCCAGUGUCUUUAAGCCUGUACUUGCUACACAUCUCAUGCAUCCAAGGGGUAAAAUGAACCACCCCACUAAUUGCAUUCCAGACUGACACAUCCAUCGUCGCUGUUGUUCUCACGCAGAUUGAACCACCCAAAACCCUCUCCCAAGCAAGAAAGCAGGAAGAGGGCCGGCGGGGGUGAAUGCUGCAAUCCCUCUCUGUUCUAAGAUGAAUGCUAAGCAACCCAUCCAAUCAACAAGCGACAAAAGGGAGAGAAACCCAACAGAACAUCCCAAGGUUACACAAGGGGAGUUGUGGGAGAGGGAGAUGUGUGGCAUGAAGCAUGCCGUGCCAACCCACCCUCCCCUACCCCAUCCCUUUCCUCCCACCACCAACCCACGUCACUCGGAGGAUCAAACAGUGGAAGCCAAAGCAGCAACGCCAAGAGGCUAUUACAAAACAGCAUGUUGGUGGUAAUGGGAGUAGUAGGCAGAAGAAGAAGAAGAAGAGAAAAAGGAAACAGAAGAGGAAGAAGAAGAAGAAGAAGAAGA